UUAAGGGAGGGACGAGGGUCAAGCUUCGAAGCGAAGUGAUAUUUUUUUUGGAAAACACUAUAAAUUGUUUGUUUCUUAAAUAAUUUUAAUACAAAAACGUUAAGCAUGGCUGGCCCGAUGGAAAGAAUUACGGUUCUCGACGAUAUUGAAAAGGAAAUUAUAACAUGUUUACAGUGUGCAGCACAAGCUCUUCUCGAACUAGGCAAAGAGAAAUCUAGCCAAAAGCAGGCAGAGUCCAACACAUCUCAAUUUCUGCGGACACUAAGCCAGGUUGAGAGCAAGUUGAGUGAUCAGAUCAACUAUCUGACGCAAGUGUCCACCGGUCAGCCGCACGAGGGCUCGGGCUACGCGUCACAGAAAGUACUACAGAUGGCGUGGCACCGCCUGGAGCAUGUGCGCUCCUGGGUAAACGAACUGGACCGCCUGAAGGCUUCACAUUUAGCGGCUAGCACUAGGAGUGUAACUAGCAACGUCCCUAAUGGAAAUAUGACUAACUCUGGAACAAGCACAUGAUUACAGUGUUACAACAUUUUUCAGUAAAUCAUCCAUCUGUACCACCUAGAAUCCUGGAGAAUAAUACAUGAUACAGUGGAUGGAUACAUUGUCAGUGAAAGGACUAUGUAGCUUAAAAUAUAGUAAAUUGAACAUUGACUUGUGUAAACACUAAUCAUAUAGUAGUAUAGCAAGAGGUUGGAAAGCUUACUGUGCUAUUUAACAUGUGCAGUUGAGCAAUAAUGUUUAUAGAUGUCACAUAUGCGCUUAGCAACAAAUUAAUUGAUGUUGCUGGUCCAAAUAUGUUAAGCCUCCUGUCCAUAUCAUCGAACAUUGACUCGCGCGCAAUGGAUACCGGGAUUACCGGGCUGCCGCGCGAGCCACUGAGUUUGCUUCAUUUUCUAUUGGUACUUAAUUUCUUUUACAUGACUGCCCAAAAAAAGUGUAUUUUAGCAUUAGAAAAAGAGUAAACUAUCUUGAUGUGUGCAAAAUAAGUCACUGCAAAUAUGUAACAUUUAUAUAGCCUAUAUUAUCAUUAUCAUCAUUUGCAUUAUUUUGGUUUUGUAAGUACUAAUAGGUAGUAAACAAAGUGUUUUUUAAUUUAAAAAAAACGUGCAUUCAAUGUUAUAAAGACCUAUUUUGUGUUUACUAUAGUGAUAUAAUAAUAUGAUUUUCUCUAUAGCAGUGUUUUUCAAACUGUGAGACUCCAGGGGGGUCGCAAAAGCUCUGCCAGCCUUUGAACAAUACAAAAGCAAAACAUUUUGUUCAUACUAGGGAAGUCCCGUCAUGAAAAAGUUUGAAAAACACUGCUCUAUAGCUUCGCAAUCCAAGAUAUAAUGCAGCCAGUUCAGGCCAACCAUCUCCAUUUUCAAGAUCUCUGACUUGAUAUGGGAGAUCAAGAUUUAAUUAGAUUUAGGUCUAGGUUUUAUAUUGUACCAUAAUGUAUGUAUCUGUGUAAUAAAAUAGAUCUAAUAAUGGUAUGAGAAGCAAAAAUAAUUUCUUAGUAAGUUAGUAUUGGAGAAAAAAUUAUUUGUCAUUGUAACAUUAGAGUAUCUCAUUCUGAGUUUCAUUUGAUAAAUGGCUUGUAACCUGUAAUUGCUGUAGGUAUGUCUCUUUCUAACAAAUUUGUUAAAUGGAGAGGCAAAGUACACACACACACCACCACCCUGUUGUUUUUUAUGUAUUUUGAAGUUACUGAGUGUUCCAUACUUUUGAUGUUGGUGUUGCAUGAUGAGAAACUUGUAAGCAAUAGCAUACCUAUCAUCAAUUGUGGGAGCCCCAGUUAGACAGAAAUACUUGUAAAACUUAUAAAUAUUGUAUAGGGUUAGUAUUGUUUAAUGCUGUCUUUAGUACCUACAUAACUGUAAUUUGUUGUAAAUUUCAAUGAAAAUUAAACAAUUAAACGUA